AUUCAUCACAUGAACUUUUCAUGAACACAUUCUGGUUAGUGACCACCAGUGAGAUUAAAAAAAAAAAGUUUCAAGAGAAUCCAAAUCAUGGAGAUGAAAACGGCGGUUUCCAUACUCGAGUGGGUUUACGCUCACCUGAGGUUUUCAGACGUCGUUCUCGCCCUGUCCGUGUUGUUUCUUCUCAGUUGCUUGCGCGAGAAGUUAUCGAACAAGGCCGGGCCAAUGUCGUGGCCCGUGCUGGGGAUCCUGCCGUCUCUCAUCGUCCACAGGAACGAUCUGUUCGACUGGUGCACUGGAGCUCUGGCCAAAGCCGGCGGGACUUUCCAUUACAGAGGGGUCUGGUUUGGUGGGUCGUACGGGAUCAUGACCGUGGAUCCUGUGAACAUAGAGUACAUCCUCAAGACCAAUUUCAAGAAUUACCCAAAGGGCGAGUUCUACAGAGAGAGGUUCAGAGAUCUUCUCGAAGACGGGAUCUUCAACGCCGACGAUGAGCUCUGGAAGGAGGAGAGACGUGUGGCGAAGAUGGAGAUGCAUUCCGCCCGUUUCUCGGAUCAUUCUUACGCGACGAUGCGUGAUCUGGUGAAGGAAGAGCUCCUGACUUUGAUGGAGAAGAUGGCUAGUUCCGGGAAAAGCUUCGAUCUUCAAGACGUCCUCCUCCGUUUCACGUUCGAUAACAUCUGUGGCGCAGCUUUCGGGGUUGACCCGGGAUCCCUGGCUAUCGAUUUACCCGAAAUCCCCUUUGCCAAGGCCUUUGAGGAGGCUACAGAGUACACUCUCAUAAGGUUUCUGUUACCGCCUUUCGUCUGGAAGCCUAUGCGGUUUCUGGGUAUCGGACACGAGAAGAAGCUCAGGAAAGCUGUCAGAAUCGUCCACGUGUUUGCAGACAAGACGGUGAGGGACCGAAGAAUCAAGCUGAGGAAGCUCGGGAGCUUGAACGAUUCU